AUGUUUAAGGGUGGGUACAGCUCGAUGAUCAGCACCUCACUGGUAGACUUCAAGGAGCGACUGGCCGAGGAUUACGACUUGAUAGCACGGGCUAUUGCUGCUAAGAGCGUCGGUGUCAUGUUAGGUGCCAUCAUUGCCGGCUGUUUGAAUGACAGAUUUACCAAACAUGGCGACCUCAUCAUGGCGGGCACAUUGUUCAUAGCCUCUCUAUCUGUGGCCUCCAAACCCUGGGUGACAUCAAUCGUUCCGCUGGGCGCGUUGUACACAGUAGAGGGACUCGCACAUGGUGGCAUGAGCGCAGUUGGCAACGCCAUGUGUCUGCAGCUAUGGCAGGAGAAGGCCAACACGCCCAUCCACGCGUUACAUUUCGGUUUCGGUCUCGGUUCGGUCAUCUCUCCUCAAGUCACCAGACCGUUCCUGUCUCUCAUCGUAAGGAACGGAACACUGAUGAACCCGAACUCCACUGAGCUAGAGGACCACGGAUUAAACAGCACCUCCAUGGUAGUUCUCAGACCGUCUCGUAUCGAGAUACCUUACUUCAUCGUCGGAGGUGUAGUGUUUCUCAUGGGAAUGGCGUUUGUUGCUUUCCAGUUUGUCUACACCUCUGGAAGACCUGGAUCACCCGACGUGGAUAACGAGGAUGCCCAGACGACGUUAUCCGACGUAAAAAGCAUAUUUUUCUCAAGAUCCGCCAAACGUCUUGAUGUCAUCAUCUUGACCCAAGUAUUUUUCUUUUACUUUUUUCUGUACGGAGGCACCAAUCCGGUGGACACUUUCCUCUUCACCUAUGCCGUUGAGAGUGACUUGGGUUUCACGAAGGACGAGGCAGCCUACCUGGACUCGGCAUAUUGGGCGAGUUUCACGGUGGGACGCUUCAUCUCAGCAGUCGUGGCACAUUGGGUGUCUGUCAACUAUAUGAUAUUCUUUGAAGUAUUCGCCUCCGCCGGGGUCUUGGCUUUUCUGUCUUUUAAAGCUGUUGAAACCAAGACACUGCUGUGGGUGUUCUCGUGUCUGUAUUCGGCGGCGUCAGCGCCCCUGUUCCCUUCUGGCACCGCCUGGGCAGAUCGUUACAUCAAGGUAUCCGGCAUUAUCAUCGCUGUUUUCGAUGUGGGCUUCGGGGUAGCCGGCUUCAUAUUUCAAUCUUUGGCCGGUCACUUGUUUACGCGGUACAACCCAAACUCGUUGCUGUAUUUAAGCUUAGGAAGUGCAGUGGUUUUAUGCCUGCUUAUGAUCUCCAUGAAGCUCGUGGGUGGUUGCCAAGGUGAUCGUCAUCGGCGACAAAGAUACCAGAAUGAACAGGUCAAGAAGAUGCGGGAGUUUACUCCCGUGCCAACAUGGCGGACUCGUACAAAAUUUAGGAAUUGUCAUAUUCGAAAACUGAAGUGUGUAGACUCACAAGAGAUACAAGGUAACGCUGAAGGAGGUAGCUGA